CAACAGAUAAUCAUGUGGAAAACGCACCUGGGUAGGGGCAAUCCCAAGCACAGCUACGGGCUGGGUGGAGUUUGAAUUGAGAGCAGCCCUGAGGACAACUUGGAGGUGUUGAUUGAUGAGGAACUCAACAGGAGCUGGCAGUGUGCGCUCCCAGCCCAGAAAGCGAGCUGUAUACUGGGCUGCAUCAACAGGACCAAGGCCAGCAUGUCAAGAGAGCGCCAAGAUGUGGUGCCUCCUCAUGCUGCUCUGCUCUCAAGCAAUUGCCUUUUCAGCAGGAUUCACAACACCAUCCACUCUGAACUCAGAUGAAAGCCGGUUCAGGAAGAUUCGUGACCCUGAAUCUUUUAUGAAUGUUAGUGAAAUUAUCAGAUAUCAUGGAUACCCCAGCGAGGAAUACGAAGUUACUACGGAGGAUGGGUACAUUCUUCGUGUUUUCAGAAUUCCUGCUGGGAGGAACAGCCAAAAUACAGGGAAAAAGCCUGCAGUUUUGCUACACCAUGGCACUUUAGGAGAUUCUAUUCACUGGAUUUCUAACCUGCCCAACAACAGCUUGGGCUUCAUCCUCGCAGAUGCUGGCUAUGACGUCUGGCUGGGAAACAGCCGAGGAAACACCUGGUCUUUAAAACACAAGACCCUUAAGCCCUGCCAGAAGGAGUUUUGGCAGUUCAGCUUUGAUGAGAUAGGUAAAUACGAUGUUCGAGGAGAGCUGUACUUCAUAAUGAAUAAAACUGGACAGAAGGAUGUAUAUUUUAUUGGUCACUCAGAGGCUGCAACUGCAGGCUUUAUAGCAUUUGCUACUUAUCCUGAAUUGGCUCAAAGGGUUAAAGUGUUCUUCGCUUUGGGACCAGUAGUCACAACCACAUAUGGUACCAGCCCUCUGGUACUAUAUACACGGCUUCCCCAGUUUCUAAUCAAGUUAUUGACUGGCUGCAAAGGAGUUCUUCACCAGAAUAAACUGCUGAAACCCUCUCUAGUACGGAUCUGUGAAUCUCUGGGAAAAUUUUGUGGCAGUGUCUUAAGCUUCACAGCUGGGGACAAGCUACAAAAUCUGAACACGAGUCGAAUAGACGUAUAUGUAGGACAUUACCCUGCUGGAACAUCAGUACAGAAUGUUCUUCAUUGGCAUCAGGUAAUAUAUGCAGACCAAUUGCAAGCUUAUGACUAUGGCUCUAAGGAAAACAUGAAGAAAUACAACCAGCCUACUCCUCCUGUGUACAAGAUAGAGGAAAUAAGCACACCAAUUGCUGUCUGGAGUGGUGGACGGGACAAAUUUGCAGAUCCAAAAGACACAGCAAAGCUGCUCCCUCGGAUUAAAAAUCUCAUUUAUCAUGAGCAUUUUCCUUCUUGGGGUCAUCUUAGUUUCAUCUGGGGCCUUGAUGCAACUCAGAAAAUGUAUCGGAAAAUCAUUGAACUGCUAGAAAAAUAUCCUUAAAGAUUCACACACAGGGAAUACAAUCUCUCAGUUUACCCUCCAAAGAUUUCUAUUUAGUGGUAGAAUACGGAUAUGGGAAUUGGUAUAGGCAUUUACAAGCCGCUGUUGAUGAGUCUGCAACUUUCUAACAUUGUUUUCCAUGGUGUUACAUUAGCUUGGUGUUACAUUAUCAAUGGUUACAUUAUACAAUCACUCAGUAAAACCCCCAAAGAUUUCUAUUUAGUGGUAGAAUAGGUGUACAGGGAUUGGUAUAGGCAUUUACAAGCCACUGUUGAUGGGUUUGCAACUCUCUAACAUUAUUUUCCAUGGUGUUACAUUAUCUUGGUGACUGCAGUCCCUCUGAAGAAGUUGAGGUACAUGGGAAUGACCACUGAAAAUACAAACAUAUUAGAAGGAAUGCUUCAUGGAUCACUUUGUUUGGAAGAUUUUAGCUUUUUAGGACUGGUUUUAUUACAACUAAGAUUUCAUUUUUUCUUCCCUUGUACAUCAAUAUAUUUAACCUGAGACAGAGGUGUUAUCCCAUGGAAAAUCCAAAACGGAAGAUACUUUUUUCUCUGCUGAAGUACUACUGAUCUUUGCUUAAAUUAAAUCAUCUAUCCUUUUGACA